AUGAUGGAGGUGGCAGGAACCUGGACAGAAGUCUUCGAGAACUCGGAGGUGAGGGACUCGUCCUGUGGAGGAGGCGACCUGUUGAGCACCUCCUCUCUGACUCUGGCUCCUCUGGUUCCUCCCGACCCGCGGCCCAUCCGUCGCUCCCAGCCCAUCCUGAUCACCUCCAACAGGCCCAAAGGUUCUGACCCGUUCUCCUCGGUUCCCUCCAUCCCCAACCCGUUCCCGGAGCUCUGCAGUCCCUCCGGGUCCUCGGCUCUCAUCAGCUCGCUCCCUCAGCAGUCCACCGACAAACAUCUCGUCAGAGUCUACGGAGAGGACGUCCACUGCAAAUCGCUGUGGGUUCCUCGACGAGCCACGGCCCGGGACGUGUGCCACCUGCUGGUCCAGACGGCUCACUGCACGGACCAGGAGAACUGGGCCCUCCUGGAGCACCAUCCCUCACUGGCUCUGGAGAGAUGUCUGGAGGACCACGAGGUCGUGCUGGAUGUUCAAGGCACCUGGUCUCCAAAAAACAACACGAGAUUUGUUUUCUGCAAAAACUACGCCAAGUACGAGUUCUUCAGGAACCCAACGCGUUUCUUCCCGGAGUCCAUGAUCUCCGACAGCGCAGACAUCGGCAAAGAGAUGACAUCAUCAGAACUCAUCCAGAACCUGCUGUGGUCCGGGACGUGUCCUGAGAUCCAGGGCUUCCUGCACGUCAAAGAAUCCAGCCGGAAAGCCUGGAAGAAAGUUUAUUUCUUCCUCCGACGCUCCGGACUCUACAGCUCCACCAAAGGCUCGUCCAAGGAGCCUCGACACCUGCAGCUCGUCGCCGAUCUGGAGGAUCUGAACGUGUACUCUGUGGUGAACGGCCGAAAGCUGUACGGAGCUCCUGCAGACUUCACCUUCUGCAUAAAGCCCUGCAGGAGUCCGAUCCGUGUUCAGGACCUGAAGAUCCUGUGUGCCGACAGUGAACAGACCCGGACAUGUUGGACGUCUGCGUUCAGGCUGUUUAAGUAUGGGAAGCAGCUGCAGUCCAACUACCAGCUGUCCCAGUCGGCUCCACGGAUCCUGGAGAGGUCCAACCUUCAGGACAGAUUAUCAAAGUCCGAGGACACGCUGGUGGCCAUGGACUUCUCAGGGAAAGCCGGAGGUCGAGUCAUCCAGAACCGGACGGAGGCUCAGAGUGCAGAGCGGGAGGAGGGUCAGGCCUGGAGGAGGAGAGAAGCCCUGAGGUGCAGCCUGCCCAACGUGAGCUCUGCUGCCAGACCAUCCUACGUCCACAGCAGCCAGCCGUGGUUUCAUGGAGGCACGUCGAGAAAAGACGCCGAGAGGCUGAUAGAGAAGCAGGGCCUGGUGGACGGGAUGUUCCUGGUCCGUGACAGCCAGCAGCACGAGCAGUGCUUCGUCCUGACUCUGUGUUUCCAGCUGAGGAGCAAACAUUACCUCGUCAUCCCGUGCGAGAAAGGAGGCAGGAAGUACUUCACCCUGGACGACGGGGCGACUCUGUUCCUGGACCUGCUGCAGCUCGUGGACUUCCACCAGAUCAACAAGGGCAUCCUUCCUGUGUGCCUGAAGCGCCCGUGUGUCUGCGUGUCUCUGUGAGCGCCGCCGUCCUCACCUGCACCGCGCCGCAGCCAAGGGAGGAGGCGGAGCUCCGCCUUCAGUCAGGACCUUUAAUUUAUUGAACGAGCAGCCGUCUUCAUUAGACGGACGUUCAGCUCCGACGGGGACGAUUGAGGACCGAACAUCUGCUCAAAACAUCUGGGAGCGGUGAAGACAGGUGUCCAGCGCAGGACGCUGAGCCUGGCUCCUGUUUUUAUUUAAUUUGGGAACUCUUUGUUUUAUUCAAACACAUCAAAGCUGCAAAUUAGUGUUUUAUACACUAUUUUAUUUACAUUUUACUGAAGUUUAUUGUUGUUU